ACUGGCCGGGCGCGGCGACCCUGCGGGCUGGUGGCGGCGACCGCUCCCACAAGCCCGUCAGGUGCCAACCGGCCCGCGGCGAGCCCCCAGCCAGAUGGGGGCAGGGGCGGUACUCACCCGGCAGCGCCUCCUCCGCCCGCGGCAGCAGCAGCACAGCCGGCGGCCCCCGGCACCAUCUUCUGCCGCCGCCCUGGCCUCGGCGGCGGCUACCAACCGCCCCUGCGGCGCCGCCAACCGACACAACCGCCGACGCCCGGCCGCCCAGCGCCCGGCGCGGCCCCGAGUUUCGGAGGCUGCGGGGUGGGGCGCAGCCGCUGCUCAGGUCCCUCGCUCCGCGCGGGCACCGAGUCCGCCUGUCGAGGCGCUGGGACCGGAGGCAGCCGGAGCUCCAAAGGGCCGGGUCGCGGCCGCCGCGGGGUUUGUUAUUGUCAACUCGGCCCUUCCGCCGCAGAGCACGCCGGGAAACAGCCAGCCGGGGGAGGGGCGCUCCGGGCAGCGCAGCCAGGCGGCUGCGCAAAUGCGGAAGUCGCCGAGCUGCUGGGACGGGCGCGGCUGGGCUCCCGGGCGCCGUGCCCGGCCGGUGGCUCCGCUGUCCUGCCCUGACCCUGGAAGGUAUUGCGGGCCUUCCGUGGUAAGCCCCAAGGUGAGCUUGACCUUCUGGCCGCGGCAGGCCGACCCCGCCAAACCCGGUGCAGCUCCAGGCGGGGAAUCGGAGGCGGAAGAGGGAGCGCCCGCACAGCUCCGCGGCCCUCGUCCGCCUCCGGAGUGAGUGCUGCAGCAGGACAGAGGCCGGUGACAGGGUCAGCCGACUGACGCGGGAGACACUCAUACACCGAUCGCCCGCACGGCAGGCUGCUCGGAAAGUAUGCCUGGCAUCUUUGCAAGGGUAGGGCGGCACACAGUCAGACAGACCAGGUAAGCCAAGAGCACGCCCCAGCAGAGGAGAGCCGAAGCCAAGUGGACUGGAGUGUAAGCGACACGACCAUACGUUCCCGAGGUCUCUAAUGCGUCAACAACAUCAAGACUAGAGAAUGUCGGCUUGGGAGAAUAUUGUAUUUGUAAAGGUAAUCGGGCUCAGGCAAGGACUUGAAGCUACAGAUUUAAAAUCUGAUGAGCAUAUGUUACAUGCAGACUAAUUAGGUGACACAAAAAAAAAACUUAAAUUGCUAUUUCCAGGAAUUUCUGGUAGAAGUAAAAGUUUAGGACUUGUAUCUCUAACUCAAACAAUGAGUGGUUCACGACAAAAUAAGACCCAGGAGGUAUGAAACUGAGCCUGAUCUGCAGCCCUUCGUUUAGUGUCAUAGAGACUGGAAAACGCUGAAUGGCUGCAUUUCAAAGACGUUUUGGAGAGGAGCUUGUUGUUUACAUCACUUUGUUUUUAACUUUGUACUGAUACUGUAUCCCAAAUCUUGUCUUUAUGAUUUUUGACGUGCUACUAUGCAUAUUGGGUAUUUUUAAACAAGAAUUUUAGUGUGGGACCCCGACAAAGUAAAGCAGAAGUAAAGAAAAUAAGCACUAACUUAUUAUGCACCAAGGAAAGGAGUGAAUUGGCAAGAAUAUUUUUUUGUUUGUUUGUUUUUGUUUUUCGUGACAGGGUUUCUCUGUGGCUUUGGAGGCUGUCCUGGAGCUCGCUUGGUAGUCCAGGCUGGUCUCGAACUCACAGAGAUCCGCCUGCCUCUGCCUCCCGAGUGCUGGGAUUAGAAUAAUUUUUUUUUACUAACACAUCAAAUUAACAUGUAUAAGCUAUGUGAUAACAAAAAAUGUAGCAAGAAACUAUGAAAAACAGGGCUGGUGAGAUGACCCAAAGGGUACAGUCAUGUGCCACCAAAGCUGACAACCUCUGUUCCAUCCUAGAACCCACACGAUUGGAGGAGAGUACCAGCUUCUUGAAGUUCACACACACACCAAGAGCACACCAAGGCUUUAUCCUGGUGUUUCCCCACAGUUAAUCAGUGUCACCCAUCCAGACAGAUGCAGUCCAAUUCCAGGUGUUAAAGCACCACAUAUCCUCAUGGCUAUCUACUAAAAAAUAAUAUACUGUUCUUGUCCCUGACUUCUUUAGGAAACUGUUACUACAAGUGUCUGUUUGUUACUUUAUAUUCCAAUGUAAAUCUUUGAGUUUAUAUGCAUCUCAAAUGACUUUACUAAGACUAAAGUGAAAACAUGUAACAUGAAUUCUGUUAAAUAUACUUUUGAGUACCUAGGAUGUAAAUGUUGCUAAUCAUGUAUACCUGCAAGUCCUGUGUCCACAAGCCAUUUUCCCUCAUUCUGUUGAACACUCUGCUUGCCAUAAUGAACAAGAACAAAGUCUUCUGUAGCACCCCUUGGAACAUCUUAAUCCAGUCUCAGCUUUGCCUCCUGAGCUUUUCUCAGUGAAAUACAAACAGACUUACAAGGACCUUUAAAUUAUGUGGCAUGGACAAUGCUGAAACUUUGUCUAGAUUUACUAGUGUAUUGGCCAUUCUUGUGUUGUUCCCUUUCUGCUGCUUCUAAACCCCGGUCUAUUUACUUGAGUCUUUCCCCAUCUCUCAAAUAAUUAGAAUACAUCAUGGAUGAUGCAAAGAUUAGGUGCUGUGUGAGAUCUCUUGCCCUCUACUCCUCUACUAAGUUUUUUUAAUUUAAUAUCUGUCAGUAUUUCAGUGCAUUUUUGGUAAAGGAGAUUAAGUAAAAGUGCUUCAUCACCAAGUCUAAUGACAGCCUGAGUUUGAUCUGCAGGAUUCACAGGAUGGAAGAAGAGAUCUGAGGGGUUAUUUUUUGUUUUUGUUUUUGUUUUUGUUUUCUCCCAUACAGGGUAUCUGUGUUGCUUUGGAGCCUGUCCUGGAACUUACAUUAUAGACUAGGCUGACCUCAAACUCACAGAGCGCUGCCUGCAUCUGCCUCCCAAGUGGCAUGUGCCACCACUGCCUGUCAUAAAUGUCACUUUUAAAGUGAUUUUCUUUAGGAGUGUAAAGGGAUUAUUCAGUGUCUACUGAACACCUGAGUACUUCACAAUACUCAAAUUGUUAAAUUUUUCUCAGUUUUAACCUCAGCAUCUCCUCCUAAUCUUGACCUGACAAAUCUAUAACCCUUGAUCUUUUAAGUGUCUAACAUGCUGAUUGUAAACUCCUGCUUAAAUAUUAACUCUUUCCCCUGCAUAGUGAUAAACGUUCAGUACUAACAUUUGUUGACAACACCUUCAGUGUUAUUCAGGCCCUCUCUUCCUGGCUAGCCCUGUACUAGCCUCCAUUAUUUUUCUAUGAAAAACUGUCCAUGUCCCUCACCUUCCUAAGAAUUUUCAGUGGUUUAGUUUCCUCCAUGGAUACAAUUUGAACACUUUAACAUAGCACAACAAAUCUUACUGGGAUUGGGACUAUGUACCAACUCGUCUCACACUAUACCUAACCCAAUCUUGAGAGAUUGACCCAAAUCAUUAUAAUUUGUACAAUGUAGUAAAUUAUGUAAAUACAUUAAAGGGCAAAUAAGUUUCUGUGAGAAAUUCUUGCCCUCACAUGUCCCAAAGGCCACUAGUCAAGUAAUCCAGUGGCCUCUCAAACUAAACUGCAGGGGUUGUUUGCUGCAGCUCCUGGCUAUGAAACCAAAAAACUCAACAAAACCCAUGUGGAGUUUAUUGGGAAAGGGAGCAAAGGCAGGGGUAGGUGUUGGCCAAUGGGAGUGGAGUUGGAAAAAGAUGAGCAGGCAGGAGGGGCUUCCUUCAAAGGAAAAGCUUGCACAUUUGUACAGAGCCCUUAUGCAGUCACGUAAUACACGACUUAGCCACACAACACAGGAACCUUAGAGCUAAUCAUCUGCUUGAAGGCCGGUUGUGUAACCUGCCAGUUGUCAGGGGGCAGGGUCAGCAUAAUGCCAGGAUAUCAACAGGGUUAACUGAGCACUUGGGAGGUAAAGGCAGGAGGGUAGGGACUUCAAAGACAUCCUUAGCUGCAGGGUGAUCUGGAGACCAGCAUGUGAUAUGAGACCCUGUAAAACUGCAAAUUUAUAUGUCAUUACUCUUACAGAAACUCUUUAAGGGCAUUGGGAUGAUGGCCACACACCUUAAUUCUGUAAACUCAGCGUGAUUUGAAAUUCCACUCUGAAUGUAUAUUUGAUAUUUCUUAAACAGUUUAGUAUUAUUGCUCUAAUUUAAGGGAUGCCCAAUAGCAAUCACUUAAAAUAUAGAUUGACCAGUUAUGUUUAUAUGUUUGGCUUUUUUCAGUGCAUAUCAAAAUUAUGUCUGUUUUAAGCAAUUUAAAAAACAUUUGAAAUUUUGCUUUUAGGAGAGUUUGCUUAAUGGUUAAAAGCACAUGCUGCUCUUCUAGAGGACUGUUUGGAUCCCAGCAUCCAUUUAGUGGCUCACAAACAUCCAUAAGUCCUGUUCUGGGGGAUCUGACACACACUUCUGCCGUCUUUGGGCACAAGACAUGCACAUAGCAUAGGCAAAACCUCAUAAACAUAAAAUCAGUAUUUUUUAACAAAUGAUAACUCAGUCAACUAUUGUCAGGCACUCUUGAAAGUGCUGUGGGUACUGAUUAUGAAGAGGCUCUUCUUUGCUUUCGGUACUGUUUACAGACCUUAAAACUGCCCUAUGUUGAUUUGUUCGUAUCCAUAGGUGUUAUUGAUGGUAAUGACGAUAGUUAACUUGAGUGCCUUCCAGGUGUGUAGUGAACCUGAAGAGCAAGUAACCAACACUGUCUAGUGCAGCAAAGCACAUGCAGAAAAAGUUCCUAUACCACGCUUAAUUUUCUAAAAGAUUUAAUGAAUAAGACAAGGAUUUGUAUCAAUUUUGAAGGAAAUAUUAUCUCUAUGAUUGUAAAACAUUUAGAAAAAUGAAUGGAGGCUGUAGCUCCAUCUGGAUACAGUAGUGCGUACUUGUGUCUUAGCCCAUAGAAGGUCGAGGUAGUGAGGGGGAAGAGGCCACUCUGUCUAAAACACCAUGACAAGUACAUACAAACCUCUGUAUCAGAGAAAAGCAUUCUAAGAAGAAUACCUGUUGCUUUGGAGGCACUGUAACAUUAUCUAUUCUUUUUUUCCCAAUUCUAGUAUUGACUCACCAUUGAUUUUAUCAUUAUAUUUAAUGGUUUGAAGGACAUUAGAUUCAGUGACAGGAGCCAGAUCUUGAGACCCAUUGCAUACUUCAAUGGUAAGCUUGUGAUUUUACUUAUUUUUAAAAUACAGUAUUAUUAAAACCACUGAAAUAUUUUUAGAUUUGUGCCUCUUAGUGUCUUAACUAAUCCAGAUUUUAUCAUUUGCCCCCAGUUUUGCAACUAAGGAAUUGAUUCAUGAAGACUAAGUUACAGAAUCAGUGCAUUUCCUUCUAAUUAGUGUUCCUUAGCUAGUAACCUGUCAAGACCAGAAUUUAAAACCAGGUGAUUGGUUCUAUGUUUGGGUAGAAAAGGUAUGAAGUUGAAAGUUUAGCAGUAAGCUAAGUUUCUCAAUGAUAGAACUGUUUGGGAGGCCUAUGGCAGAGUGGCUCAGUUAAUUCUUUGUUGUAAGGGGUUAUCCUGUGAAUGUUAGAAUUUCUAAUUUAUUCUAUCUGCAUGUAUGACCAGGCACCAUGUGCAUGCCCCAUGCCUGGAGACCAGAAGAUGGUAUUGGAUCCUGUGGAAUUGGAAUUGGGUGCUGGGAACUGAGCCUCUACAUUUAGAAUUUUUGACAUCUAUGGCCUCUAUCACCUGAGACAGUGACACUCCUAGUCAUCACAACUUAAAAUGCCUCUGAAUAUACCCCAGUAGUCCCUAGAGGGGCAGAAGAGCCAAACUCCUCUUCUGAUUCACAGCACUAGGAAGUGGUUUAUCUGUACAGUGAUACAUGAUACAGUUACUAAAAUUGUGUUUCAGAAAAACAUUAGAAGACAAUGGAUUUAGACUACUGUAAUUCACAAUUUUUCAUAUUAAUCUCUGGAAAUCUGGAUACAUUUAACUGUUGAUGAGAAUCCUAAAAUCUUGCCAUGCAUUUCCUACGCAUAUAAAACUUCCAAAAUGGUAGCUUAGAAAAUAGAAUUCUAAGCUGGGCCGUGGUGCACGCCUUUAAUCCCAGCACUCGGGAGGCAGAGGAAGGUGGAUCUCUGAGUUCGAAACCAACCUGGUCUACAAGAGCUAGUUCCAGGACAGCCUACAAACCAAAAAAAAAAAAAAAAGAAGAAGAAGAAGAAGAAGAAGAAGAUUCUAAAGAUUUUGUUUCUAAAAGGGAAAAAAAGAUUUUAUUUCUUUUAAAAAAAUCUAAAGUGAAGAUGUAGACGUGAGAUAGUGGUAUGUUUUUAAAAAUAUAAAAGGAACUAAAACUCCACCCUCUCACCUGUUUUUCAAGACAGGAUUUUUCUGUGUAGCCCUGGCUAAUUUGGAACUUGCCCUGUAGACCAGGCUGGCCCCAACUCAGACAUCUGCUAGCCUCUGCCUCCUGAGUGUUGGUGUGGCAACAAAACUCUUUAAAAUAAGUGUUUUUUUCUUUUUUUUUGUACCUUUUCUACAUUUUCUAAACUAUAUGCUUUUUGUAAGUUUCUUUCUAAGUUGCAGAGAUCCAUUUAUUUUGGUAAUGCUUGUUUUCAAGCUUCUGUCCUCAAAUGAUCCUUCAGUUUUAGUCAACUUGCUGUCUGUACAUACAAAAUACUUUUUCAGGAGUCAGUCAUUUUUAACAUUUAUUUUGUGUAUAUAUGUUUGUGGAGCACUACACCUGUAAAGGUGAGGAGACAUCUUGCAGGAGUCAGUUCUCUCCUUCAAACAUGUAGGUUCUAGAAAUUGAGCUAAGGUCAUCAGGCUUAGCAACAAACAUAUUUACUCUCUGAGCCAUCUCACAAGCCUCUCAUUCAUUUUUAGUUUGACUUACUAUAAAAAUAAUGGUGAUGGAAUGCAAAAAAUAAAUUCAUAAAAAGAGAAAAACAAAGGAAUGUUGAAUAUUUGCAAACCUGGAUUCCCAGUUUUAUACUUCCCUAGUCCCCACACCUUCCUAAUUAUCUCAUUGAUAAAUAAUCUCUAUUAAUUCAUAAGAAAACUUCCUCACCUUUCUGCCAUGAAAUCUUCAAUCCUAAUUGAAUCUGUUGUCAUUAUUAGUAUUCAGGCGUCUGUACUAACCCGUCCCGGGGGUUCUGACAGGGUACACCCUCAGCUGCUACCACGAAGAGCACCACCUGUGCACAUUAAAAGAGCCCUGCUUACCCACCACACACACACACACACCACUUCUCUUUCUGUCUCUCCCACCUCUUCUGCUGCUCCUGUACCCAGAGCCAAGUCUACCCCAUUCCCUCUGACGUUUUCCAAUUCCCUUUCCCCUAAUAAAAAAUCCCCUCCAUGUGAGCUCUGUUGAAUGGCAUCUUUUUCUCCCGUGUACCUUGUGUUUCUGAUAGUCAGCUUUAAAUACAGCUCAUUUUACUUCUCAUUCUAUUUUCCUAUAAAACUACUUGAUUAAGUGCUAGGAACUGAAUUUGCUAGAGAAAAGCCAUAUCUUUGUUACAGGUGUAAUGGGUUGAUUAGUACUUAAGAUUGUGGAGAGCUAGAAUAGUGAAGCUUCAGAGCUGAACUAUUUUUGGCUAACAGCCCUCUUAGCUAUUCAUUGCCUACCUCGGUAUGACUGAUCAAUCUUGUGACUUAAUGUGACAUGUUAAGGAAUGUAUUAAUGGCUCACUUCCUUCGACCCAGAAGCAAAGACUGGCAUCAGAUAACAAACAUCUCAGACCUAUAGUGGAGGCUGCUCCCACUGUGCUGUAGUACCAGUGUCUCCACCAAUUUGAAAAGUACCUUGAGUUGUGCUUUUUGUUUUUCUAAAGACAGUCUGUCUGUGUAGUCCCAGGUGUCCUGGAACUCCAUAUGUAUACCAGACUGGCCUCAAGCUCAGAGAUCCUCCUGUCUCUACCUACAGAGUGCCGGGAUUAAAGACAUUUGCUACCACAUCUGUUGUAUGGCUUUCUUAAACUGCAAAAACUUUAUAAAACUAUUACUAUGUUAGAACAUGUUAUUUGGGGUAAACUGAAUGACUUAAAAAAAGAUAUCUUAAAUUAUUAAUUAAAAAAACACACUACCACUGGCUGUGGUGGUAAACAACUUUAAUCCUGGCACUCAGGACCAGAAGCAGAUGAAUCUGAAUUCAAGUGCAGUCUGGUGUACACAGGGAAUUCCAGGAUAGCCAGGACUACAUAGACCCUGUAUCAAGCAUCCUAAGUAAAUAGUAAGGGCGUGGUUAUACUUGCUUUUUAAUCGUAGUACUCUUGAGUUUGAGGCCACCCUAGCCAAUAGGACUACAUAGGGAAAAACUAUCUCAACAACAACAAAAAAUAUUAAAUAGUUUAAUGUUUUUGUUUUAAAUUUUCUUCAUAUAUUGACUGCCUAUUACAGAGUUUAAAUUCUUAAAAAUUCAAUCUUUUCAAUGGCUAUUACUUUACCUUUGUUACUAGAACAAAAGUGUUAAAAUGUGUCUCAGAAAAGCAAAACAAAACAAAAAAACGGUAAAAUGUAUCCAUUCUGAGUGUCACACACUAUUUACACUACUAACCACACAGUAUAUGGAAACCUGUUAUUUAUGUGUGUAUUUUACUCUGUGCUAGGAAUGAAACUCAGGGCCUUUCACUGUUUAAAUACCUCUCCACUGAGCUACACCCUCAACUCCCCUCAUGGAAAGUGUGAAUCAGGUAGUUCUGGGAACCUCCCAACCUCUAGCCAUGGAUGGGUUACAUCCUCUUGGAAUGCAUAUCUCAAGUAAACCAGAUCUACUUCCAAAGCUUUCUAAGUUUUUAUAGGGUUCAUCUAAGAUUAAUUUGAAUUCAUCAUUCUCAAAUCUGCCUUAACCUUUUUUAAAGAAGGUAGUAUCUUACACACACAUAGCUGAUAAUCUAGGUGACAUGUAGGAGCUGGAAAAUGUGGGGUUCAUUUACAUUUGGAAGAUGAUCAAAUUCCUUUUUUGUUUCUUUAGUUGUUACUUUUAUUAAGUUUUUUAAAUGCCAGGUGUUGUGGUGAAGACCUUUAAUCCCAGCAUUUGGGAGGCAGAGAUAGGUGAUCUCUAUGAAUUAGAGGCCAUCCUGGUCUACAUAGAGGCUCCAUGUCAGCCAAGGCUCCAUAGUAAAACUAUCUCGCAACAAAACAAAAAAUUUAAAGCGUGUGCGUGCGUUUGAGAACAAUUUGUGGAAUCAGUUCUGUGCUUCCACCCUGUGGGCUCUGAGGAUUAAAUUCAGGGCUGCUGGCUUGCCAGCAGGCAGUUUAUCCGUGGAGCCAUGUUGCUGUUGCUGCUGGUUUUCUUUUAGAGUGUAUAUGUACACUGACCUCAAACUCAUGAUUUUCUACCUCAGUUUCUUGAUUGCUGAGAUUACAGGUAUGUACCACUUUAUCCAACAAAUUCCCCUUAAAAUCAUAUUGGGAACACCUAAACUUGUGUCACCUGAUUCUGUACAUCACAUGUAAGAUUUAAAUAUCAAAAUUCUUUUGCAUUCUAUGCUGUUUCGAAUAGUGUACACAAGCCGUCUACAGUGAGAUCUAUGAAACACUGAAAGAAAUUUAUGAUUCAACUUUUAUUAAAUUGGAAGAUUGAUUGGAAUGGUGGUAUUUUCUGUUAUUCUACAGAUUCCAAAAAGGUCCUACCAAAAUUCCAGUUGUCCCCUAAUUCUGCCUCUUACGAAGUUGAAACUCACUCCAAAAUUUAUGUGGGAGUCCAUGAGACCAACAAUAGCCCGAAUGGUCUCAAAAAAGAACAUAGCCCAAAGAAAAUGCUAACUACAAGCAGGCUCUGAUGACAGUUAAGAAAUGAAUUUGCCAGCAAGAAUGAAGGCAGACAGGCAAAGAGCAAGGCCCAGAAGGUAUGGCCCAGAUUUAAGGUGGAUCUUUGUAGGCAGAAUUUUUCUGCCCCUCCAGCCAGUUUCAUAAUAACCACACAGAGACUUACUAUUAAUUAUAAAUGCUCGGUCAAUAGCUCAGGUUUGUUACUAGCUAACUCUUAACAUUUUAAAUUAACCCAUAUUUCCUAUUCAGUAUGACAGUACCUUUAUUCAGCAUGGCAAGUUCAUCUUCUCCCCGAGUGUUCUCUGAAAUUCUCAGCUCCACGCUUCUUCCCAGCAUCCUCCUAGUCUGGCUCUCCCACACGAUCUCUUCCUGCCCAGCUAUAGGCCAGCCAGUUCUUUAUUAAGCAAUGAGUAUAAUGCAUAUGUAGGGUUAAGUUGGAUCACUCAUCUUAACCACUAAAGCUAUACAAUUUUUAGGAGAAAACUUACAGGUAAAUAAAUACAUAUUUAUGACUCUGGAUUGAGCAGUGGUGUAAUAUGACACUAAUAAUAGUCAACAAGCAAAUUAUACAAAUUGUACUAUAUCAAAAUUUAAAACAAAAAUAUAAACUACUUUAUUCUCAUGAGAAACUGAGAAGAAAACACAGAAUUUCAGAAAGUGUUUGUAAGUCAUAUAAAGAACAAGUAUCCAAAAUAUGUAAAUAAACAUUGUUUUGUUUUA